GACCCGCUGGAUCUGUCGUAUCGGAGAGGCGGCGCGCCGGAAACUGUUCAGCAUAGCAAGAAACAAGCAGCGAUCAAAACACAACAUUGGGGGCUGAAAUCUGCCUCCAGUUUUCAGUUUACUACUCAGGGUGUCGAAAGGAGUGUACCAGGCGUUUUUUGCCGGGAAAGGGACUCGCAGAUACUCGUUUGUGCGCGCAAAGAAAGCGCUCAGGCCUUGUCAGUUUGGCUAACGCGGGCCCAGCUAGCGCUAGCCGAGGAGCUCACUUUUCGGUAGCAAAAGCAAAACAAGGUAAGGGGUGGAAACUAGCUGCAUGAGCUUAUCAGCGGGCUCUGUUAGAUAACCAACCAUAAUAGUAAUGUCUUUCAUUGCCCCAGUGACCGUUAGAUCAGUGUUUACUCCCUCAACUAUGCUGUUUGUGAGCUAGCUUUCUGCUAACUGUUUGUAGCACAAUAACUAGCUGCUUAACGUGAGUGAAGAUCUCUGCCAAGUCAGUAGUUUCAGGUGAUCCAGCAGCAUUUAGUUUUGUUUAGUAAAGUUAUUUGGUGAAGUGCCUGAUGCUGGCAGCGGCAGGGGCUAAGUUGAUGAAGUCUUAUUGUAAUAGCAGAGUCCUAUGUGAGCUAGUUGGCCCACAGCUGCAGCUCAGGGAGACCUGCAGACCUGCACAGAAAGUAAACAUCAGCCUGGUCAGGAACCAAUUCACACUGCUUUCUCCAGUCAUCACAAACCAACAGUGUUGACACUUAGUCCGUCUGUCAGAGCAGUUUCUUCUUUGUUUCUCAAAGGUACUCAGGUGUUUCCAGGACACCUGCAGUUAGAGAAGUCCUCUAAAACUACUCUCUGGGGUGUCGCAGAGGUUUAGGCAAAAUGUUUAGCUUCUCAAAAGUUGACGGUGGGAGACUCAUUGAAUUGGAUUCCUUAUCAUGCGCCUUUGUUAAACUGAGCACAAGUAAAGCUCCUGAAAGGAUGUCUGUGUAGGUUCUCAUCCACCCGGGUCAUGGUUAGAAUUGGACUCCUGUGCAGAGUUCCGAACUGGUCCUGAAACUGUGUAAAACCAACACUGGUGCCUCUGAAUAGCUUGUGGAAGCAAUCAGGACCUUCAGCAGAAAGCUUGAAAAUGACUAUAUUUUGUUUUAUGCCAGGGGCUAGACAUAAAACCAGAUGAUUUAAGUAUUUAAAGUUUUAUUUUAAGGCAAGUAGGCACAGUUGUCCCCACACAUAGAUAAUAACUGGAGCCGGCCGUUUCAGUGUACGUUUGGCUGUCCAUUUGUAAUCACUGACUAGAUUCUUGUAUUUUCUUCAUUUUUGUAGAACACCACAGUCAGUAGGGCCGGGCGAUAUAGGCAAUAGUUAAUCACAAUGUAUAUUUUUUUGCUUAUUGGUAGCAUGUCUUUUGCAAUACAAUAGCUACUGAAUCUGUGAGGUCUUUGUGUCUCUUCGACGUUUUGUCCUAUGGCGUUGCGCUUUUUAAGUGCUACGGUUGUGUGAAGCUGCAGCCUGCUAUGAAACAGUUCUUUGCUACCUAGUUCUAAUUCAGCACAUGAUUGGUUCAUUGGAAGUCGACCCGGAGAAACUCCUCUUUUCAUUGGCUAUUUGCAUAGUCUACCAAAACAUGGCAGACUGCAGACUAUUGAAAAGCAUAUUGACCAUGUUUUAUAUUGAUAUUGAGGGAACUUAAUUUCCGAUAUAUAUCAUUAUAUAUAUUAUAUUAUAUAUAUAUAUCAUCAUCGCUCAGCCCUAACAGUCAGUUACCCUUGAUCAACAUGAUCCCUGUUUGCCCUCUGCAUCCAUGACUUGAAAAACCUCAGUGUCUGGCUCUGGCACCAAGAGAGACAGGUCCUUCAGUACAUCCCACCUGUUAGUGUAUCCAUUGAGAAUUGACCUCCUGUGUUAAAAAUGAACUGUCUCAUACCACUGUUUUUUGAAAGUUAUGUAAAGCGGGUUUCUGCAACUGUCGUUCUGCACUAUCUUAGUUUUGGAUUAUCAGCUACAUAAUUGGACACACAUGUGGAUCACCUGUUUUGUUAUUGAAGUAUUGAGAUAAAGAUUUCAGAUUUACUAAGAGGAAAAGCUAAAGGUGAAGUGAUUAAGUAAAGGGAGUGGUUACAGAAUUGAAAGUAAAAGGAGGUGAGCAAAUAUUAAGAGUUUGUGGACAUCCAUAAAUAGGUUGGGGAAAAAAGCACAAUUAAUCCAACAAGCUGACUAGGUGAUUAUAAUAGAUGACUGCACAAAGUAAAGAGUGUAAUUAACUCAACUGUGUCUGUGCAGGUUGAUUUAAACAUGACCUAUCAGCACCUUUUCGAGAGUAACAACAGAAACAUUUGAUGCAGCAGGGUUUUUGAUCAAAUCAGUGUGACAUGUUAAAGUAUAGCUGAUGGUGUAAUAGGGGUGGGCGAUAAACCGAAAAUUUACUGAUACCGAAAUUUACGAUAAUAAUCAACAUCAUUUUGACCAUGUCAAUAUGUUUGGUGUCAAAAAAAAAUAAAUAAUAGUUGGUUUUGGAUGUGUGUAGGUAGGCUGUGGUCUCAUGUCCCGUUAAGAUGCUGUCCUAUGUCAGAGAUGUGACUUCACCCCAUUCAGUCCGUAACAAAGAGGGAAAGACAGGUGAGGAGAUGGAGGACGGUUCAAAAGUUGUAGCAGCGACUGAAGUAGAAGAAUUUAAUGUGGGAGGGGGUGAGCAGCUUGUGAAGUAGCUGUUGUCCAUUUAUCAUUAUCGAGCUGAACUGCUCAAUAUAUCAUGAUAUUGAUUUGAGGCCCAGCCCUAUGGUGUAACUAGUUUAUUACUGAAUCCCUUAAGCAAACUCCGACACUUUUGACUGUAAUGAGAAUGAGAUUUUUUUUGGAUGAAUAUACAACCUUGUCAUGUACACAAGAUCAACAAAACUUUACGAUGUGUCAGCGAUGUUGUUCAGAUUUUGAGAAGCCUUGUUUUGAGUAGAAUUAUUUGUUGUUUGCUGACACCAGUGACUUCACUGUUACGAUGUGUAAGAGAGACGCUGCCCUGUUCAGCUGCAGUUAUAAUUAAUCCAGUAAUAACUUUUUUUGAUUUUAAUAGCGUCUUGUAUGAUUGCUUAAAUUAAGUUGUGCUCUUCCUUCACAACAAAAACCACAACAUCACUGGGACUAAGUCAUGAGGAAAGAGGGCACCCUUAGGGCUUUCACAUGAUCCCACCUCUAUUCACAGAAACACAUAGAGAAACACAAACACUCGUUUAAUAGAGAUGCACUGAAAUCCACCAGCUCUGAUGUCCUCUUUACUCUGACACUCCUAUGCUUUUAUUUUGAUAGGAAUGAGUGAUGACCUCUGUGGUAGUGUCAGAUGGAGGAGGGAACAUUGUGGAGUAUGUCACCGUGGUGGAGGAGCCCCAACAGGUAAGCCUCUCAAUCCCAACACCAGAGAAGUGUACCACAAAUUCAGACCAACAUACCCAGUCUUUCUCUUCACUGACUGAAGCAUCAUGCUAAGGUCCCGGCUAUAAUGAAGGUAAUAAUCUCCAUCCGCUGAUUUGGUUUCAAACUGUGGAAUCUGUGCUCAGAAGCUCUACAUUUUCAGCAUGGAUCGUCAUCAUCAUAGUUUCUGUUUGUGAUCUAUUUGAAGUUCCAGUAGGAUUGACCAAUCAUGUCAAAGCAGACAUUUAGGUUGAGCAAUCUGUAUGGGGAGCAAAAGAAGCAGAAAUACACACCUGCUCCUUAGAUGCAUCAGGAGUGAUCAAUGUGACCUCAGUUCGACAUUCAUUUUACUAUGAAGGAUUGGUUGACUUUGAACUUGUGGAGAAAUCAAUCUAGUGUGCAGACAAACGUCAGAGCUCAACCCUGAUCAUCAUAUUUCAAAUCACACUGUGUGAUGUCUUGAACUCUAUAGUGUGCCCCCAGUAAGGUGGUGUUUUAAAUGUUGUGAAAAGACGGCAGGACAUACCAUGGAUCCAAACACUCCAAAGCCAGCCUAAACCCCUCAUAGAUGUAAACAAUUCAAGCUAAGGUUGUCCAGAAAGAAAAGGGUAUAUGGAAGAGCUGCAGUAUAAAAAGACAGAUCUUCUUUACUGCAAUUAUUAACCUGUAUUUCUUUGUGGAAAUGUAAAACUAUGAACACAGUAAUGAUUUAUUAUUAAAGUCAUAAUAUGUGAAAUACUGAAGUCAUUAUAUUUUUUUUCUUUUUUCCCCAAAGUAAAACACAUAGAAAAGCUCCAUAAACAGCAAAAACCUGCAUUCUCUACCACAGAGAUGAGCUGUUUGAAGUUGAACCAACCUCUCCUGAGUCUUUUUGGCCUUUUUGCUCUCCCUAGGAUAUUAAGCCUUCCUUUAAAUGAAUGAACUCGAUCUUAUGUGAACAGUAGCAUACUGCAUGAGCUGAGAAUCUCUUCUGCUCCUGAAGAACAUCAUCAGGUGUUAGUCAAUGAAAUAAUGACCUCUAAAAACAAGUUUAUCACUUGAAAUCUGAAUAUGUUUUGGUCUGGACUGGGUGAGCAUUUCAAAGUUACCAUGGUAAUAUAUCUUGGUUUAAGGGGGAUCAGUUUCUUCUGGGAGGUUACACUCUAAGCUUGCUUUGUGGUGCACCUUAAGAUCUCUCAUUUUCUCAGUAGGAAAGAAAUCAGAUAACAUUUCUUUCGAGUUUAUUGUUGUCAUCUGAGAACUGCAACAUCAUUUAAAAUCCCCUCUUCACCUGUUUUUAAACAUCCAGUGUGAGCAACAGCCAGCUGAAGAGGAAGAGGAGGAGGAGGAGGAAGUAGUUCAGCAGGAAAUUGAGGCAGUGAUCAUCGGAGGAGGAGAGGAGGUGGAGGAAGAUGUGGAGGAGGAAGAAGGGGUGGUGCUGCAGGAGGAGGGCUGUCCGGCAGUGAUCGUGGAGGAGGUGCCCAGCGCUCAGGUGGAGGAGUGCUACUCCGCUCAGGUCCUUGUCUACGAUGAUGAGACGUACCUGAUGCAGGACGUGGCUGAAGAGCAGGAGGUGGUGACGGAGGUGGCUGAGACAGGUGAGUUCACUCUGUGUUGAAUCCCACUCACGAGAAAUGUUAUUGUGGGAACAACUCCAACUCUUCAACAGGAAACCCAGUGAUUGAAACACACACAAGGGCUGUCAAAAUUUCUCCAUAAUGGUGUUUGAAUAUCCAUCCUAAAAAUAACACAUAGGUUCGAACAUAUUCGAAUAUCUGGCUUUCACAGCUUGCAUAUAACUUUAUCUCACGCAGCAUUUUUUCCGUCUGCCCAAAAUCCGAGGAAUUCCCAAACGGAGCCUCUAAAGUUCGUUGGAGUCCAGACCACUCUCUCUGAGUUUGGCUCCGAACAUCCCGCCAUCUCUCUCAGUAUGUACCAUGGACAGUUUUUCUCAAGUCUUACUGCAGGUGCAGCUCCUGUGACCUGUCCCUGACCCGUCGUUACAGUGCGCUCACUUGCAAAGCACUUGUUUUUAUCCCACUUAGUUUUUCCCGCUGUUUAUUUAAUAUUGGAAUAUUAAUUUUCACAUUCCAAUUUUGUUUUUUAAAUAUUCAAAUAUAUAUUCUAAUUUAGAAUAUUCGUUGACAGCCUUGACACAAACGAUGGAUCUCUUCAAUAGCUUUUUAACCAUUGCAAUAUUGCUGGUUAUAUUUUUAUAGGUCAGUGGUUAAUGUAUGGUGAGUAGGUCUCUAGGCAAAUUAGAAUCCCUCCACGGUGAGGUGACCAACCAGUUUCACUCACACUUUUAGGAGAUGUAAGGGUGACUUAUUCAUGUUUUAAUCAGCCUGUUUCACUUGUGUUUUUCAAAGUCUGAUAAGUAUCCCAGUGCAGCUUCUCUUCUCUGAUCUAAAUGUUUCAGAGGACUGUUGUCCACACCAAGUGCCUCCACUAUUGUGCCAGUGUUCACAGAGUUAGUUUCCAGAGGCAUUACAGGAUCACUGUAAGCUGCAGAGAGAGUGAAGUGUGUGUAUGCACAUGUCUGAGUGUGUGUUUUUAAAGCCUCUGCAGUUUUAUUUUUUGCCUCGCGCUUUAACAACGAACGCCAUGAUGCCUUACACCGUCACACAUUUGGACAUCAUUAUUACGCUGUCAUGUUAUAUCUAAGCACAAAGAUGUGAGAACAGAGGAGCAGUAUUACAGGACUGCCAUAUCUAAAGGGUAACCAGCUGUUGCUUUAUUUAAAGGAAUAUUGCAGUAUUUUUUUUCAAUGAGGUUGUGUGAGCUACGUGUCAUUUGUUGGUGUCAGCGUCUGCACUGAGAAACUACUGGCAGAAGCGAGAGGCGAGGUAGAUGUGGCCGACUGCCAUGUAAUUUAGUUCAUUCUGACAGACUGUGGCCCAAGCGCUCAUGUUGGUUUCACCGCAAAGUUUUUCAACACUUUAUUUUUCUGAAAAGUGCACACACUUUGUGUUAUCUUGAACUUUUACUUCUGAUUGCUCAAUCUUAAUAACAAGCACUUUCCAAAACAAGACUCAUAAUUUAAACCUCGAAGUGAGUUGUAAACCACAAAAACUGCCUCUCUGCCUGGUUCCCUUUUUCUCUCUCCCUCUUUUUCUCAGUCUCAGUCAGUAUAUGUAUUUAUGGCAGCUGUGGACUGCCCCCUGCUGGCUGAAAAGAUGACUAAUGUUUUAGAGCCGAUUUCAGGAAGCAGGAAGGGGAGGAACAGUCCACAUUCCACAAUAGCUGAUGUUGAGUGUCAUUUUACUUUGUGAUAUUGUGCUGGUACCAUCUGCCUUCAGUCAGCAUGUGUUUCUGCAGAGAUCUGUGCACUGACCUCUCCCUCUCUGCUCUCCUCCUCAGUGGAGAUGACGACUCAUGAUAUGGUGUGCUUUGACAAAACGUUUGAAGCAGCUGAGGCUCUGCUGCACAUGGAGUCCCCUGGAGGUCUGCACAAUGAACGCAACACAGGUAAACACACCUUAGAACACCGGGCUCUGUUUGAGAGACAGCAUCAUUCACAGGUGCCACUUUGGAGAGACAAAUAUUUUGAUGCUUUUGGUUAAAAAUCAACUCUCAGAUUAACUAGAAGCCUUUGUCUGUAAGGGUCUCUUCUGUAAUGUUGUCAGACACUUUGAAACAGUCUGAACCUACCAGAAACAAAAACAAGAACCUUUAAAGGACCAACCAUGACACAGUAGUGCACCCACUUUGAAAAAAGAUGUGAUCUAGCAGAAACGUGGGGAGUGAUGUUCUUGUUUCGUGCAAUUCCAGCAGAGGAUGUGAUGAUGGAGACGGUGGUGGAGGUGUCCACUGAGUGUGGACCCAUAGAGGAGGAGUCCUUCCCAAUCCCUCCUGAGUGUGAGCCUGCUGCCAAGAAGAAGAGAGGAGGUCAGUGUCUCACUCGAAACAAACAAACAAAACAAAAAGAACACUCAGACUUCACGGGUCUGUCCCACUCGAGGUUCUUCAGAUGAUAUUUUCAUUGAAGACGACUUUGAAAAAAUCUGUUGAACAUGUUGAUUAUGAACACCUUGUCUUAUUUUGCUGCCCUUGCAAGGAACUUUUAACUUGGUUUUUAAAAGGUUCUCUCUAAAUAAAGUUUAUUAUUAUUAUUAUUAUUAUUAUUAUAGUUGUAAUCAUACUGUGACAGUGAGUCUGUGAGGUGGUAGAGCUCAUGCUUUCUGAUGGUAACACAAAAAAAUUCAAGAAUCUUAAUAAAUGGAUGAGAACCACCUCUUAGGACCGUACCUGCCCCAGAGUUUUGUAAGUUAGAUUGGAUUUGGCUCUUCAAUAUGAGCCUGUUUAUUUAUUUAUUUAUGUUUAUGUAGUCCUCGUAAAUGUUUCAUCUGCCCUCCCAUCAUUCAACAGUGAACAGUUCAUAGUUCUCAGUAACUUCUGGAGUUUUUAGGAAUUACAUUUCCUUCUUUGGCAAGCAACAGUACACUGAUGACACUAAUACAAUAGAGAGUACAGUUUGAGUGAUUAGAACGAUGUUUUCUUUCCUUGGAGUAACAACUUGUUUCUAAUGAGUCAUCUGCUCUGCAUGCCCGUGAAUGUAACAGAGCUCUGAACACAGACUUCCGGUCCUUUCCUCCUCUGUUCACAAACUGAUCUUGAUUUUGUUGAAUUGGAUCUUAUUCAACAAAAUCAACUCAGAUCUUUUUCAGGUGAUUUAGGCUCCUAGAUUACCCCAUCUGUUCUGCUACCCCUCAAAGGGUUACCAGAGGUUUUCCACAGUCUUUAAGCCUCAAGUCUUCACCAGUUUGAGUACAAAUGUGUCGUACGCAACAUGUUUCAUGAUUUAUCAUCAAAUGUUUGGUGUGUGUGUGUGCGUGUGUGCGCAUGUGGGUUGUGUGCAGGUGGACGUAAGCCCAAGACACACCAGCCGGCUUCAAACGGUUCCUUCGACCUGGGGAUCAAGAAGAGACAGAGAGAGGGCAAAGGUUUGUCACAAAAUGCUUAUGUGGUUUUAAAGUUGACCUGCAGAACAUUAACUUUAAAGUCCCCUGUGUAAAUAAUGACGCAGUUAGAUUGAACUGAUAGACAGACAUGAUGGUGAAUAUCGGCAUGGAUUGAUACAGAGUAAUGUAAAAGAAACCGAUUGUCCCCCUGCCUUACUGUUGAUGUCGAGCAUAAUGAUACUGCUUGUCCUCCAGGUAACACCACCUACCUGUGGGAGUUCUUGCUGGAGCUGCUCCAGGACAAAAACACCUGCCCCAGGUACAUCAAGUGGAUGCAGAGAGAAAAGGGCAUCUUUAAACUGGUCGACUCCAAGGCCGUGUCCAAACUGUGGGGGAAACACAAAAACAAGCCUGACAUGAACUAUGAGACCAUGGGCCGGGCCCUGAGGUCAGCCUGUCACACGCGCGCGCACACACACACACACACACACACACACACACACACACACACACACGCACACACUGCAGAGUCUUGAACACAGUCCGUAUGUAGUGUAUAAUGACAUACUUUUGACUUUUCCUCUGUGUGCGUGUGUGUGUAGGUAUUACUACCAGCGCGGUAUCCUGGCCAAAGUGGAGGGCCAGCGGCUGGCGUACCAGUUCAAAGACAUGCCCAAGAACAUCCGAGUGAUCGAGGAUGACGAGGACGGGGAGGAGGUGGAAGACAGCGAGGGUGUCGUGUCCGCUCAGCACCUCAUUCACCAGCAAGUUCCCACAGGCCUGGGCACAAACUCCCCCGCCGCCACCCAGCCCCAGCAAACCUACGUCACUGUCAUCCCCAGCAACGCCACCAGGUCUCUAUCCACAGUCUGUCCUAAUCAGGGCCCAUACUGUUUAGAGACAUCACGUCUCAGCCCCUUAGCUCAGAUCCUUUGGGAAUAUGUGAAGAUAGUAAUCACACUCUUAGAUAGAACAAACAAGUGAGCUGAGUCAUCCCAGCAGCUGCUGAACUCAUCACACUAACAGUAACACACCAGUAGAUACAUAUGCAGGAUUACAGCUGCAAGGAAAUUAUGAUCACAACUGAUAGCCUAAAAAUAACAGUAGACUAAUAUCACUCAUCAUCACUAGCUGUUCAACAUCACAGGACGACAAAACUUUACGGGUUCGACAACUGACUUGGAUUAGAGUUUAAUCGGAAACUUUCCUUCUCAUUGCUUAAACAUCCGCUCAAACCUUCACAUCCUGCUGUCAGGGUUUCUGCAGAGAGGUUGAACUCAUAUGACUGCUGAAAUCUGCCGUAUUUCAAGGUAUCUCUUAAGACUGGAAGAAGCACAACCAGCCCACAUGGCAUGAAGAAUGAGGUUAAUGUGUGGUAAUGUAAGGACAGUCCUGAAACAAUAGAUGGUGUGAACACAAAAACAGCCCUACAGGAAAAAUACAAUGAUGCAUAAUAUUUGCUGUUGGGUCACUGCAGGCGGGGUGUGAUGUACUCAGAUCUUCUCUGUUCUUUCUUCUCCAGGCCCAUCAGAGCCAUGCCCGUGGUCAUGACUAACUCUCUGGGUCAGGUAACGUUAAACUCCUCCCCCAUCCUUACCACCACCACAGGAGUCCCUGUUACAGUCGCCAACGCCUCUGCCGGCGCUCCGCCCAAACUGGUGAUCCAGGCGCUGCCCACCAUGCUCCCCGCCAGCUCCAAAGCGGGAGAGAAGAUCACCAUCAUCACCAUCCCGGCCAACCAGCUGGCCACACUCAUGCAGACCAACCAAACAGGUCAGAUCGCGCAGCUUUUCCAGGCCAAGCCCGUCGCUACAACGUUAGCGCAGGUCGCCACCAAAACAGCUGCUGCCCCCACGGUCCAGCUGACCACAGGCCGGCCGACGCCACAGCUCAUCCUGGCGAAACCAGCAGCAGUGGCCCAGACGCUGCCACAGAUCUCAGUCCAGGUCAGCCAGCCUCCUCCCGCCCCAACCAAAACCCCCACCCAGACCCCCAAUCCAGAGGUAGCACAAUCAGAGGUGGUAGCUGAGGCACCGCCCCCUUCCAGCCCGCCAGCAACAUCAGCAGAAACGGCAUCAUCCUGAGAGCUCCACACUGAGGGUGAGGAUGGCGGGGUCCGAAAGUAUGGGCUGAGAUUUGUGCCACUAGAAACUGAAACUGAAUAAUUAUAUUGAAUUUGAGAAGCAGGAUUUGAAAUUAGAAUUUAUGUUUUUUUGAAAUUGAAUUUAUCUGCUUUGAAAUUGUUUUUAAUUUACAUGAAAAUUCAGUUCUUUAUUUUCUUAAAUUCAAAAAUAAAAAAAUUCAAUCUCAGUUCAGCGCGGCACACAGUCGACGACGUACACAGUCGUCUACAUCUGUGAGGAAGAGUAAUCAAGCAUGGAUUCACACAGCAUCUACUCACGUCUGCUUUUCAUAUUCAGUAUAAUUAUUCAAGUUCAGUUUCUAGCGGCACAAAUCUCAGCCCAUGAGGAAGUGACUGUGGACACUGCUUAGGAAGUGCAGGACACAUCCAAACACCCCCCCCAUUCUGCCACAGAGCUCUCUGAUUGGCUCAGACUGUCUCCUGGGAGACGCCCGCUCCCACACAGGAUUAAAGGGACUGUUGUAGAAACACACACACACACACACACACACACACACACACACACACACACACACAGACACAGAGGGGUCCGAGCUCAGAGGACAUGAGCAGCCUUAGAUUGUAAAUGAACAAACUCUUUUUGUAAUCAGAUGUAAUAUAAGAAGCUCACAGACCUUGUUGUAAACAGAUAUGUAAAAAAGCAUUUUUGAUACUCUGCCUGUGUUUCAGUCCAAACCUGGUUCCAGAUCAUCUCUUUCUUUUGGUCUCAGUCAAAAGUUCGUCUGCAGACUGUGUCCCUCCACAGCACUGUCUCACCCUCCAUCACCUGUCUGUCUUUUUUACCGUUCUCAUAAAGGGAGUGGAAGGACGUCUGUGUCGACAGAACAGAACUAAACUGUGUGCUCCUUGUCUGAAGUAUAAUAUACUAUUUUUUCUUGUACUAUCAAUGUAAUGAAGUAGAUUUUACUGAAAUAUGUAUUAUAAAAAAACUACAAAUGUUACAAAACUG